CAGAGGGGCAGCCGCGGAGGCCGGAUCGUGCCUCGGGUGAGCCGAGCGACCUUCCUGCGCAGCGCUCUCCCGGAUCAUCCUGCGGCGCGCGUGGCGCGUUCCCACGUAGCUAUGGAACCCGCGGGACGCCUCCGGGCUUGCUAACGCGAGUUCUCCAGGGGGCCGAAUCUUCAGCGGUGGUUCUCGCGCAGAGAUCGUUGGACGGGGCGAUGGCAGAAGCGGCGGCGGCCGGAGAGACAUCGGAGAGGCAUUGCUGGGUCUGCUUUGCCACCGAGGGCGACGACCGUUCAGCCGAGUGGGUCUGCCCGUGCCGUUGCAAAGGUUCCACCAAAUGGAUCCACCAGGCCUGCCUCCAGCGGUGGCUGGAUGAGAAGCAGAAAGGCAACAGCACAGGCAGUGUGAGCUGCCCGCAAUGCGGCACGGAGUAUCACAUCGUCUUCCCCAAACUAGGGCCCCUGGUAUAUUUCCUGCAGCAAGUGGACCGGGUACUCUCCAAAGUCAGCCCCUUUGCAGCUGCCAGCAUCGUGGUGGGGACGCUGUACUGGUCAGCCGUCACUUAUGGGGCCGUCACCGUGAUGCAGGUGGUGGGCCAUAAGAAGGGACUGGAUGUGAUGGAGAGGGCGGACCCCCUCUUCUUGCUCAUGGGCCUCCCCACCAUCCCCGUCAUGCUGGUGCUUGGGAAGAUGAUCCGAUGGGAAGAUUAUGUGCUGCGGGUCUGGCGGAAAUAUUCCAGCAAGCUCCAGGCCCUGCAAGCCUUGGUACCAGGGGCCAGCCGUCCGGUGCUGCAGGUCCCUUUGGCCGAGUCACGCUACCAGAGUGACCAUCUGUCCAUCUCACGCACGCUCUGUGGGGCUUUAAUCUUUCCGACCAUCGCCAACCUGGUUGGCAGGGUCACCUUCCGCCGAGUGAACUCCAGCCUCCAGCGAACCAUCCUGGGCGGCAUCGCUUUCGUUGCCAUCAAGGGAGCCCUGAAGGUCUACUUCCGCCAGCAGCAGUACUCCAUCCAAGCCAACCGGCGCAUUCUCAACUUUGUGGAGAAGGGGGAGACGGAGAAGGACUCUGCGCAGCUCGACGAGGACAGCGGCAGUGAAGCGGGGCUCAGCUAGGCUGGUGGCUUAAUUGCAGGCUGGCAGAGUCACCUCGCCCUGUGCUGCCCGGUUUCUUCUCCGUGCUCAUUUUGAAUCCUGUGUGGCUCUGUUCUCUAACCUCUUUUAAAAAAAGAAGAAGAAGAAGCCAAGAUCUAAAUAAACCGAAAGAUUUCCAUUGUAAGCAUCCUCUUUCCAAUGUGGGGAUUGAUAGUACUGCUUUGCUUUGCUUAUUUAAAGUCAGUGUUUCUUUAUAUUGCAUUUGCCUCCUCCGUGGAGGUCAGGAUGUCACGCGGGACAUCCCUGCCGCGGUGGGCUGAAAGCUGAUGGCCCAAAGCCACUGUGGGGAACUCCAUGUCUGAGCAGAGAUUUGAACUCGUGACUCGUCAGUCUAUGUCCAUCAGUGUUCCUUAUGCUGAAUUGGCUUAUUGCUGUGAAACCAGAAGGGUGUCAAAUGGAAAUGGAUGAAUUCUUCUAGGACAGCCUUUCUCCCCUGGUACUCAGCUUAGAAUCCUAGGUUAGAAUCCUAGGGGAUUCUGGGAGUUGUAGUCUCCAGAGGACAUCAGGUUGGGAAUGACUGCUCUAGACAAAGGGCUGGUAGGGCUCAGGUUUUUCUGGAAACACCACUUUCUGAUUUAGGAAACCUUGUUUCCUAAAUCCCUGAUGCACAAAGACGUUCAGUCUGUACUUCCUAAGGGGUGAGGAAAAUCCACUCUGCAUCUGCUCAGGGGCACCUCUUUUUGCCCUUCAAUCAGUCACAACUUAUCCAAAUUGGCACCUGAACAGCAAGCAGUCCUGUAUAUGCAGUAAACAGAGAAAAAGCCACCAUGACUAAAUAGAGAUUAUUAUAAAUUUUUUACACAAUCUAUUUUUUUUAAAUUAUCCACAGCAUAUUUGCAACAUGCUGAUUGCAUGCAAAGGAUGCAAAACACACAAUCACAUAACCUGAACUAACUAUAUAGCGAUUUGUUUGAGGGACUGACCAUCUUCCAGGCACUAACUUGAUCAUGAUAAAACGUACCACCAGCUUGUUAACAUCAAACUGCCAGGGUCACGAAAGCGAGAGACAAUGUGCCACAGCAGUUAAGAGCACAGGCCUGUGUGCGUUUAGACAUGCUGGCUGGGGAACGCCGGGGAUUGUGGGGCUUUUUUUUCCUGUCUCAAGAUUGCAUAGGGUUGCACCCAGGGGAGAGCAAUCCCAGGGUCCCAGGAUUUCUCGGAUUCUUCCUCCCGAAGCCGUAGACGCUGCUAUAGCUUUGAGAGGGAGACUUAAAGAUCUUAAGUCUCCCUCACAAAGGAGGCCCUUCCUCACUUCUCCUUGCAGCUGUGGUGGAAAGAAUCACUGCGCCUGCCAGGGGGCGAGGAGAAGAAAGGAGAGACCUGGAUACAAAAAAAAGCCUACGGCCUCUCCAGUUCCUGGCCUCCCCCCUCCCACAAGCGUGCCUCCGUUAGGCGGACUCAAAGGCCCAUUUGGAAGAAAAAUGUUUAAAAGAAGAAGAGAGCGGUGAAAAUGCCCUCCGUCACUCCUCUCAGCUUGGUGGCAGCAGCCGGCCGGGCAUGAGAUACCUGGAAGUCUCCGAAAUCGGAAGCUUCCUUCCAGCAGGUGUCAGCCUGACAAGGUUGCGCUCUAAAAGUAUGAGAUGAAAUUCCUGCUCAGCCAUGAAGCCCUCACAGUCUAGGCUACCUCACAGGGUUGCGGUUAGGAUAAAAUGGAGUGGAGCAAGCCGUGUACGAUUUGCCUUGGGCAGGAGAAAAACACAAUAGGUAAAAGACACACUUAUCCACCACUGCAUUAGACUUGACACCCUGGUUUGACUGGCUUCUACUGUGUACGAUGCAAUGGCUGUGGCCAUCCUGCCCGUCACAUCUCCUAGCAAAUGCUUGAUUUUCACCAUUGCUGUUGGGUGUUUUCCAAUUUGCUAAUAAAGGAUAUGGUCUUAAGUCUC